UUUCGUGUUGUCGCGAGCUCCCCGUUUGUCACAUUAUUAAACAAAAAACCAGAGCAUAAAUUGACAAUCCAUACGCACAAAUCGCGACGAAAGGUACUCGAUUGAAGACCAAUUAUUAUUUUUCUUGUCAGACAGUAACGGGCGGUAUUUUGUGGACAAUAUAAAUGUCAGGGGCUCGAAUCAGAGGUGAGAUUUUCUCCCUCAGAUGUGGCACAGCAAAAAGGACAUGAGGUUAGUUAACACGCGUCACCAUUACCAUAAAUUCCAGUCCCCAGUCCAUCGACUAUUUAUUUAUUCCGAGGAUUUUCGAAAAUAAAGGCACGACAAUUUAUUACCCACGACACUCGAGGUUUCACCAGUCGCAUGUGAAUCGAUUGACACGCGCCAAGUGCAUUCUCGAUCGAUUCAAGUCAAUUCUCAUUUCGGGUUAUUUCAACAUCUCUUACGAUUUUUAAUGUAUAUUCGGGUUAAAAAUACCGUCAUUCAAGUUCAUGUAAGCUCUCGAUAAAAUUGUUGAAUCAGUUAUUAGCACGAUAUCCUCAGACAAAUGCUUGACAAAUUUUUUUCAUUACUUUCAAUUUUUUGCUGGAACAAAAAACGCUCCAGUUGGGGCUCCCCACUAAUAAUUUAUUUCAAUAUAAAGUCUUCAAGAAAAUCGAUAAUAGGGUCUUUGUAAAUUCACACAAAUCCCAGUGAGAGUGACGUCAUUGUCUCGUGUUUACAUCGUGUUUUGGUCAUUCGCCAGUCAGUCCUGUGUGUUCGAAGCAGCAAAUACGCCAGUUUAACAGAAUUAAACUUAAAGUAAGCAGUGAAUAAAGUGAUAAAUAAUAAAGUGAAAGUGUUUGUGCUAGUGAAAAAUGAGUGUAGAAUUUUUUGACGAGUGGAAAAACGAUAGAUCAGAGAAAAAUAAAGGGGAAAGGUUAAGAGUGCACCAGUGGAAUCGACCUGGAGACGAUUAAUUAGUUUUUAUUGGGCCUCACAGUGUGCGGCAAUCAGUGGGCCUUGUUGUUGUGGGGGGAAUAAAUAAAUAAAUUUCAACGGUGGACCGAAAAUCCGGAGAACGAUGGAGAGAUAUAUCCUGGUGUGGGGGCUAACGAAGUCGAAUUCUAAUUAAUUCAUGGGAGUCUUUUAUUUCCCAAGAUCACAGCGUCAAUAUGCAAACGAGGGAAUUUGAGAAUGGAUAUCCCCCCCUGAUUUCUUUCUUCUGCCAACACGCUCUCGAGAUGAGCCUCUCGAGGUUGUUGUCCCUCGACUGCUACAGGUGACGAGGCCACCUUCCCUGGAAGCCCCUGAUGACACCACCUGACACCCACACUGGCCAACAAAACUCCCACCCCACAUAUUCACAAUCUCAUCUACUCCGCGGGAGGUCACACACUCCCCAACACCAUGAGAACCACAUUCAUUCUCUCCAACUCAAAGAGCCAAACGAGACAGCCCUAAAAUCCUGAACCUCUUAAGGAGAAUAAUGGGAGCAGUUGAAGUUGGGACCCAGGUACAUUUACCGGAAGACGUAAGACUGAACCGGGGAAAACCUGAGGGGGGGGAGUGAAUUUUAUUUGGACGGAGAGUUCAAGGACUCUGGAACACGAGCACUGGACCAUGAGAAGGUAGUGAGCGCUUCGAGGACAAAUGUACACGUCGGUACAGCGUUUGGGAUAUUCCAAAGAUGUGAGGAAUGAUCACGUGGGUUAUGGUAGGGCUGCUCCUAGCUGCGGAAACCACAUGCGGCAAGAAUCUCGUAUCGGAAAACGAGGUUGGCAGGGACGAGUUGAAAACCAAGCAGAAUGGAGUGAAAAGGCCAGACGAGGAGGACACAUAUCGUCUAACGUGCUACACUUGCGUCAACGUCAGCGAUAACCAGAUGUGUAAUAAAUGGGCUAUAGACACCCCUUGUCCCACCGGUGGCCGAGACUUCUGUCGAUCGCUGCAUAUUCUUGACAGUCGUGGCAACAGUGUUCUAGUCAGUAAAAGUUGUGCCAGCAGUGCCGAGUGUGGGCCAGCAUCGGUCGGUUGUGUGCCCGUCGACACUCAGAGAAUCUGCAUAAGCUGCUGUGACAUGAGUUACUGCAAUGUCGACUCACCCACAAAUUCCACGAAUGCCAUAUACACACGUAAAAGACGCGGUAAAUCCAAAGGCAAACGGAAGAAACCAGGUAGAAACGAUUCUGGGGCAGAUAUUCGUCGCACCUCCAAUCUCAGUCUGACGACACUCGUGGCCUCACUCCUGUAUGCAUAUCAUUGUUGAGGAAAGACGAAAAAAAAUUAAUCUCCAAUCGAAAAACCAAUUAAUAACUAGCACAAAACAAAUCUCGAGGUGAGAAAGAGAAAGGGAGAGAAAAACUGAGGAAUUGUCUAGUCUCUUCUUAAUUAUCACUGUAACCUCUGCCUUCUUAAAAUCCCAAUUAAUUUCUCAUUCCUUCCGCGAAGAUUUAAUCAUUUCAUCGAUUGAUUCCAAUCAAUAACCUCCAAUCGUUCAAUAAACUGAACAAUCAUUUUCCAAUUGUUUUCUGUAAAAAAAAAAAAUUAAUCGAAUCAACGGACUUGUUGAUGAAUUAUUUACGCAAUUAAUGAAUCAACGAUCUGCUGUGUUUACAAAUGAGAUCAAUUAUUAAACAACUAAUAAACAAGUAAAGUAAUUAAGGAAGAAUACAUAAAGUAGGUGAAUUAAAAAAUUAACGGAUAAAGUGCGAAAUCGAUAUUUUGGGAUUUCGGUGGGGGUGAUAACGGUCCUAGGAAUUCAAUUAGACUUAUGCCAAAUGAAUCUAUCGUAAUUGAACAUUAAUAAACUAAUGGAUUAAUCGAGAAAUAUGGGAAUGCGGGGGCUUGAAUUGGGGGAUGGGGGAGGGAGUGGGCUAAUUCAACACAACGCGUACCUAAUGCUGUUUAACUUUUGAAAAUCUAUCGACUCGCCUACUUAAGACUCACUGCUACUACUACUUAAUUAUACAUAAUGAAGAUAUAUAUAUAUACAUAUUAUAGAUAAUAUACAUUGUUUCGGCAUAAUGUAAUACUGUUGGUAAUGGAA